AUGGGAGCCGUAGCUAGCGCGAUAGCCAAUGCGCUAGAUAAUAGCAAAGAGAAGGAGGCUCAAGCAAAGGAGCAGCUAGAACUGAUGAUGAAGCUCGCGGACGCCCGGCUCGAUACCUUUCAGUCCAAGCUCCAGAACAUGUUCCUGGACAAAUCUUCGGCAGCCAAGACAAGCGUGCCAGGUAAACGAGCGCUCCGGUUUGAGCGUCAUGUCCAGGUGGACGCCGAAACCACGCCCGGCCAAGGCGUCUCUGAUGCCGUUGAUGCCUUCUUUGGCGCAUCCGAGACUGGUGGCAAGGGCGUCCUCGAGGGAUUCAAGUCUGUCGUCAAGACGGGCAUGUCGGCUAUUCUCGGCGACUGCUCAGCGGGUGAGAGCUACGACGAGAAGUUCUUCGUGUGCAUCAAGCACAACGCCAUCAUCCGUGUGGAUAUGUACACAUACAAAUACAACUUCAUAAACGAGGGCGUGAUCGCCAAUCACAAGAACAUACUGGCCUACAUCCUGUGCAUCUCGGUGGUCGACCACCGCGAUGUGACGGUGGACGAGCUCGUUUACCUCGCCUCCGAGUUUGCAGGCGAUGGCGACAUUGGAGUCAAUAGCGGUUACACCACCUAUCUGGAGUCGCUGAUGAAGACAUGGAACGCGCUCAGCAGCCUCGAACCCCCCGAGCUCGACCCUGGGCGCCCCACUCACGUUAAGUCCACGCAGAUCGCCAACGUCAGGGUCCCUUUCAUUGAUGCCUGCGCUCCUAUUGCACACUCCCCUGUACAGCCCUCAAAUCACUGCACCCCAAUUGUGAGACCGACAUAUAUCCGCCCAUAUCCCGCCCGCGAGAACACAGAAGACACGAUGACCCGACUUCCUCCCCCCCAAACCUCCGCCGUGCCCAGCCCAUCCUCGAUCUUCAUGCCUCCCACGUCCUCGUCCCCUGGCACAAGCCCAGAGCGGCCAACUUCGACAGCAGUCCAGCCAAAACCCACCCCUCUACCUAACCGCGGAGCAGAGACAGAGCAAGAACAGCAGGGCCAAGACGACCAAGACCAGGACUCGGAUCACAAAGAUGACGACACCUUCCCCCUCCCCAAGCUCCGCCUGCACAUCCAAGACGUGACACACCCGGGCGCAUCGCGCUUCCUCGCCGCAGUCAACGCCUCCACCAUCCUGGCGCAAAGCGUCCAGACCGUCCUCCGCCUCCUGUACGUCUCGCCGCACCGCAAAGCCCACGAGGAGGAGGAGGAGAACGACGCGACAGAAAAAAAUGCCUCCGCCCCAACCCCGACCGCCACCAGCCGCCCAACAAAGCCACACUACACCCCACCCCCAACGCGGUCGGUAACCCUCGUGCUGGAAGACAUGCCAGGCGUAGCGUACACGAAAGGAACCGACCUGGACGACGACCACAAGGAGAUCCACUUCAGCCUGGGGUACAUCGAGGGGAUCCGCAAGGCACCGGACGGCAGCACCGGCGACGUGACGGGCGCGUACGAGAUCGAGGGCGUCCUGGUGCACGAGCUGGUGCACUGCUUCCAGUACAACGGGAGGGGCGCGUGCCCGGGGGGGCUGGUCGAGGGCGUCGCGGACUGGGUGCGGCUGGGCGCGCGGCUCGGCGCGCCGCACUGGAGGCGGGACGCCGUGCCGGACCGGUGGGACCAGGGCUACGAGCGCACGGCGUACUUCCUCGAGUGGCUUGAGGGCAGGUUCGGGCGCGGCACGGUCAGGCGGAUGAACGAGGAGCUGAGGGUGCGCAAGUACAAGCAGUCCGAGUUCUGGACGGGCUUGUUCGGGCAUGACGUCGACGUCCUGUGGCAAGAGUACCUACGGACGCUGAAGAAGGAUGGCCGUGAUUAG